GUGCGCUUCGACCCGCGGACCGAUGUGGUCAUGUUUCUCGCGACAAAACUUUUUAAACAAGAAUUCCAACGUUAAAGUGAACAAAAACAUUGACUGAAGUGAAUUUGCGGUGUGAAUGUUCAUUAUAUUAUGUUAAAACGUGUUUUGUGGUUAUAAAACUGUUAAACAGCCAUUGUUUGAGUGCAAAACUUCGAAAUUCUUGAAAACAAUGAGUGUUUAACCAUCAUGGAAGACGUGUACACAAUUAAAGUUAAAACGAAACCUGAUAGGAGGAACUUAUAUCCUUCUGAGCGAAGGUAUUCGGCGUCAACAGUGUCUGGGCUGGCUUGGGUGCACAUAGCCCUAGCGGCUACUUCCUUUCUUCUCGCCUGUUUAGCGCUCGUGAACCCAAAUACCGACACACAGGUACAAAAUAACAAUACGCUCCGAAAUGACGUUACACGAAAUCCCGUUUACGAUCUACUGCAAAAUGAAACAGUAAUAAACUUGAAUAAUGAAGAUGGAACUCAAAAAAAUUCGCUCAACGAAACGAAUUUUGUGACGAGUGGAUCCAAUGAGACCGGAAAAUCGUUAAAUUCAAACGAAACGACGGAUUUAGACGGUAAUAAAAAUGAUAGUAAUUAUAUAUUGGUUUUAGCACCGGCUUUAAUUACUAUAUUUGGUUUAGCUGCCGGCGUAGCUAGUAUACUAGCGUCAGUCAGAUGGUACAUAGACCAUAACAUAACCUGGUUAUUCGUCAUGUCGUGUUUAUCGACGCUGAUCUCUCUCGCUUCGUUUGUAAUGAUAGCUGUAUGGUUUAUAACCACGUCUGAGGGAGACAUCACCGAGUUCUACAAGGACAAAGUGCCUUUCAAAGACUAUGUAGUCAUCAGACAUACAGACGUGAUCAUUAAAAAUGAGUCGCAUAUGAUUGUCGCGCUAAAUUCGACUGCAAGCAAUGAAGAAACACCGAAUUUGUUUACAAAACGUGUGCUAUCUAUCAACAUUUUAAUAGCCGCGUUUUUGGAAUUACUGUGGUCUAUUCUAAGCGUGAAAAUUUCAUAUAAAGGCAUGAAAAAUACAUACAAAGAAGAGAACGAAAGACGAGGCAACUGCAUAUCAGUUGUGACAAAAAUUAAAGGCAAUGACACCCGAAAAUUGCCACGAAAUGGCAAGCUUUUGCCUCCAAAACCUGACUUAAUUGACCACUAUCCUAGCAAGAAAAUUAAAAGGAUAUUCUUAGCACAAUCUGACAACGGAUUUUAUUUGAAAAAUCAAGGCAAUAAAGCGAAACAAAAUACUGAAACAAGUUCGGAAUUUUAUAAAGAGCGGAUGAUGAAUUUUUUAAACCGAUGCGCGUCCUUGGAAGGUAUGUCCAACCCUGAGAAUACUUCUAGCGUCCAUUCUGAAGCCUUGAACCCGAUACCAGAAGGCGUGACUGUUGAAACCAGUGUUCAAGACACAACGAACAUACCAGUCACUGAAAUAAAAGAUCGAGUGACCCCUAUAAGUUGGGGAGACACUCCUGAACAUACGGUUUAUAAUCAGAAUACAUUGAAUUUGGACAAGAUUUUCAAGUUUAAGCCAAAUGCGAACAAAAGUGAAUCGGUUAACGAGUAGUGCGUGAUAGUGAAAUUGACAUUGAAAUGUAUUGGACACGCGAACUGUGAAAAUAUCUGUGUUUUAGUAUUGGUAGAUGUGUUGCUGUGUUCAAACCAAAGUCACUGUCAGCCGCCGAUUGUGAGCGAACUUUACGCAGUUUAUAAAUUGUAUUUCCGUAUACCUACAUAUAUUCACUUUUUCGUUGACAUCUAACCGACGAUAGGUACGUUAUGCGCUGACAUUGAGUAAGUGAGCCUGCUCUCAAUCAGCGGCUGACAGUCAGUUUGGUUUGAUCAAAGCCUUAAUUUUGUAUUUCUUCGACUGCUUUUUCUAUGAAUUCAAGAACUACAUAUAUCUAUAACUGUGAUAAGUACGGACAUUCUUACAUUGUUUGUAGUGAUCUAACAUUUUGACAUAUUCAAGCUGUAGGUACCUACUUUGUUACAUUGUAUCAUAUUGGAAUCUGUAUAAUUGUUUACUUUCGCA